AUGGUCGCGACCUUUUCGCCGCACCGUGAUGCGGGCGGCACAUUGCACCUUCCAUCACAUUCUGGAAUUCAUCACAUCGAUGCUAAUACGGCCAUCCGACAACUUCGCCGAUCUUUCUCCCGCUCACCUUCGAAGAGCUCGAACUUCUCCCUUCUAACAUCUCGAAACCACUCUCCGUCCAAAAACACCUCAUACGUUUCUUCCCCAUUGUCGCCGUCGCGAAGAUCCGCGCAGGGCAACUUUGUUCUCUUUCCCAGCUCUUCUCAACAAUCACCGUUCGCUAUCCCGUAUCCACCUAGCGCAAAAAUCUCGCGCCCUACAAUGCGCCGCGCGCGCACGUCCCCUCGAAGUCCGUCCAAACGCGCUCUUAACGUCUCAACUGACCAAGGGAACGCAAAACCCCUUCAUGAGACCCCCGUUACUCCUGGGGUAGAGAACUCCCCCACAAUACCGGGAAUCAGCCUCUCGCCCGACGGAAUGGACGGUGGCGUUGGUGCGUGCUCGAGCGACCCAACCGUGUGUAUGGAGGGAUCGUCUACUACCCGCCCUUCAGCGUCCCGGGUUGAGAAGCGACGGAGCGGGACAUUUGGCUCAUAUUCAGCUGUGAGUCCCAUGAAACGAAGCGAUGGCAUUAUGAACUUGGAUCGCGCGUCACGGGGUAGUCCUUCAGCAAAACGACGAAGCGUCCAUGCUGUGAAUCUUUCAGCAGACUUUAGCAUAUUUGAUAGCGAAAGCGCCACGCAUACACCGGAGGAUUCGAAAACAGCAGAUUUCGACCUAGAGAAGGAUGCAAUAUUAUUCCCAAAUACUACUACUACGCCUCCAUUCAGCCCUUUUGCUACCGUCCCUAGACGUACCUCGUCUCUACGGCGGUCAACACUGCAGCAACGUCCAAGCGAUAGGUCCUUGUUUUCUCGUGCUAAAGCUAUGGGGGACUCAGAGGGUUCCGAUGCGGGAACUCCUUUAACCGUUUGUUCACGCCCAUCUUUGGACAGCAGCACCUUUCAACCCAACCGCGAGAGUCUAUUUUCCCCACGACCUGCCCAGGGCAACUCGUUAUUCUCGAACCCAGUUGGGACAGCGCCAAGACCAGGCGCCCAUCCGCUAUCCAGGACGAUCACCCAAUCUUCAUCCAGCUCUAGCCUGGUAGACGACUCCCCUACUCAUGAACCCCCCCAGAAAAGCGAUCGCCCGAGGGCGAUCUUCAAUUUCUCGAAAUCACUACCAGCAGGUGCCACUCGGCCUACCGCUGCACGCCAUCUUACUCGCGAAGACUCAGCGUCAUCAACGGAUUCUUUCGCUACACCUGAAAACUACAAGCUCGUCAAACCCCUCCCAGCCGCAUUCAUGUCCACUGGUCUCAUAUCAAAAAAGAACCGCAAUGUCGAUGAUCCCCAAAGCAUGCUAGGGUCUAGCAAAAACAUGCCUGACACGCCAUGCAAAAGACCUGUGAACUUGUUUACCACUGGCGAGAGGGCCCAACCCGAGGAGCUACUCGGAAAGUCGACUCUGAGCAAUGCCAUAGACAUGCCUCCUCCUUCGCCGUUCAACCCUCCCAGCGCACGGCCGAAGCCGGGUCCUUUUGGGCGAGGCAUGGGCAUCUUUGGGAAUACUUUCAAUCGACCGGACCUUUCGCGGCGCGGAAGCUUGGCCAGUAUAGACGGGGAUGAUGGGCUACAUAUUCAGUCGCCUUCUAACCGACAGGAUAGUCAGCCACUUUGUGAAUCCGACUUACCCCCAACGCCUACCAAACAAUCGUUUUUCCCAUCUCGAACAUACCCUCCUACCACCUCACAAAUCGCCUCCCUUGAACGCCUGUCUGAGGUGAGGGGUACACAUUCUAGCCCACUGCAUGACAGAUUUCAACGUGGAUCACCUCGUACGCCUCAAGAACACCUCUGCCCUCCCGAUCCUAGUGGCCUAACUAUAUCAGCACCCAAUGACCGGCAGUCUGUCCAGCCAGACUUCAACACUUUCAACCUGCCUGCCACUCCGACCGGCCCACGUGACUCUUUCAUAGGCAAGAGGCCGAGCCUUCCAUUGAAUAUACACCAUGCUCCAGAUGUAGACCCGUGUCUGACAUCUCGCUUUGAGCGCGUUGAACUCGUCGGUACUGGAGAGUUCUCGCAAGUGUACCGUAUUUCUCAGCCGAAUGAAGUCCCUCUGUCCAUAUUCUCAACGACUCCAAAAUCGCCUAAAGCAUUGCAUGAGCAGGUUUGGGCAGUUAAAAAGGCGAAACAACCAUACUCAGGAUUGAAGGACCGUGAGCGCCGUAUUCGAGAAGUCGAUACCUUGAAGGCCCUCACGAAUUUUGACCAUAUUAUAUCUUUCACCGACAGUUGGGAAAACAAUGGGCACCUCUACAUUCAAACAGAGUACUGUGAGGAGGGUAGCUUGGAUGUUUUCCUCGCACAAGUGGGACUCAAAGCGAGGCUCGACGACUUUCGAAUUUGGAAGAUCUUGCUCGAGCUAUCUACGGGUCUGAAACAUAUACAUGAUUCCGGGUUUAUUCACCUCGAUUUAAAACCAGCUAACAUCCUGGUUACAUUCGAAGGUGUCUUGAAGAUUGCAGAUUUUGGCAUGGCAACCCGAUGGCCUGCCGAAGAGGGAAUUGAAGGGGAGGGUGACCGUGAAUAUAUUGGCCCGGAAAUUUUGAUGGGAAGAUAUGACAAGCCAGCGGACAUCUUCUCUUUGGGACUGAUCAUUUUCGAGAUUGCCGGCAAUGUUGAGCUUCCUGACAACGGCCUUUCGUGGCAAAAGCUAAGAAACGGCGAUAUGAGUGACGUCCCGAGCCUGACCUGGAGCUCUGAGACUACUGUUUUCCGCGAUGCGUCUGGGAACCCCGUCUCAGAAGAGCCGUCAUUUGAAGAGCUGUGCGCGUCAGAAUUUGGGGACGAUGAUUUCUGCACACCCGACUUCUUAAGGAGUAAUAGCGAGCGAAAACCAAUUCCAUUCACACGGAGCAGUGAGCUUGCCGACCCACCCGAUUUUAUGGUCGAUGCCAGUCAUGAGCAAUCUCUUGAUAAGAUCGUGCGCUGGAUGAUUUCUCCUGAACCACAGGACCGACCGACGGCAGAUAACAUUCUGGAGUCCUAUGGUGUCCAAUUCGUCGCGUCCCGGCGUAGGGCUGGCGCCACAGUUUAUGAGGGCAAUUGGGGCCCUGCCGAUGAUGUUCUUGCAGAAGACGCAGAAAUGAUCGAUGUUUGA